AUGCAGCAGUUGCCCUGGGAAGAGCAAUGUGUUGAAGUAAUUCCAAAUGGCAAAACCGAACCUUUGACUAUCAAGAACCGGGAGAUAUUUGUAGAAGCCUGCAUGGAUUACAUAUUCAAAACUUCAAUCCAAAAACCCUUUGAUGAAUUUAGAAGAGGAUUCUUUCAGAUUUUGGAUGAAAAUUUGAUGAAAUACUUCCAUCCUCAAGAGCUGAGGGACGUGUUGAUUGGAAGUAAUGAUUAUGACUGGAAAAUGCUGGAGCAGAUUACAACCUAUCAAGGAUACCACAUAUCACACCCAACCAUCAAGAUAUUCUGGAAGGUUUUCCAUAAAAUGACUUUGGACGAGAAGAAACUAUUCCUCUCAUUUAUCUUCGGAUCUGACCGAAUUCCAGUGAUGGGAAUGAAGUGCUUGAAGAUAAGAAUCUCUUCAUGUGUGUUGACUGAAGAUGAUUAUCCAGAGGCAGCCACUUGUUUUGACACCUUGUAUCUUCCAAAGUAUACCAGUCCAAAAUCUCUGAGAACAAAACUGGUGACCGCUAUCAAAUCCAUGAAAAAUCUUAAUAAAGAAUGAAGCUACUCAGCAAAAGAGACUUCAGCUUUUAAUGGAAGAAACAUUAGCAAUGACACCCUAUCCAAUGAUCCACACCUGCAUUUAUAUCUAAGACUAGGAACAGCUGGGAAGAAAUUGUCCCUGAAUCUGGUGGCAAUGUUCAAGACUGGAAACCUCUGUUAUGUUCAUGUUGUAAAGCAAAGUGUUGUCAAACGUGUGUAUGAACAGAGCUGAUUUUGAAAUUGGUGUGUAAUUUCUUCUACCCUCUUAAAGGAAGUUUAUUUUGCAACUAUUUAGGAGGCCCUUUGGCCCAUCAGGUCUUCGAAUAAUCCCUUUGGUCUCAUUACCUUUCUCAUUUCCCUAUACCCAGCUUUAUCUAUUUCUCAGGGCGGCACAGUCGCUGCCUUGCAGCGCCAGAGACCUGGGUUUGAUCCCGACUAUGGGUGCUGUCUGUGUGGUGUUUGCAUGUUCUCCCCGUGACCUGCUUUGGUUUUCUCUGGGUGCCCGUUUCCUCACACAGGUUUAAGAAAGAUUUGCAAAUGCUGGAAAAAUCGAAGGUAGACAAAAAUGCUGGAGAAACUCAGCGGGUGAGGUAGCAUCUCUGGAGUGAAGGAAUAGGUGAUAUUUCGGGUCGAGACCCUUCCUCACACAGGUUUGUAGGUUAAUUGGCUUUGGUACAAUUGUAAAUUGCCCUAGUGUGUAGGAUAAUGUGAGUAUAUGGGGUGAUUGCUGGUCGGCGCGGACUCGGUGGGCCGAAGGGCCUAUUUCCACGCUGUAUCUCUAAACUAAACUAAACUAAAUAUUGUCACCUUAAAUUAUUUUUAAAAUGUGUUGCCGUAGACAAUUAACCUAACAGCACGUCAUCAGGAUGUGGAACAAAUCCAGAGCCCCCGUAGGAAACCCCACAGAGAGAACAUGCAAGGUUUGGGGUCAGGACUGAACCAGGAGCUGUGAGGCAGCUCUACUGACUGCUGUGCCUUCACAUGGUUGGUAAUUUGGUUAAAACACCCACUUUGUACGAUCAGAAAAUGCCAUGGCUCAUUGGUGUCAGUGUGUGGACUAUGUUGAUGUACUGCCUAUCCUUGGAACAUUUUGCUGGAUCAUCCUUUGGAUUUUUAUGCUACUGAGACCUGCCAAUUCAUGGAGGCACAUAAAGAGAUGCUGAAUAAAUACACUAAAAGAAAGGAAUGACCCAACGGGCAGCAACUGGGAACCCACCUGGUGUCAUCCGAGACUCGUCUCCUGUUCGACUCUGAAGACCGGAAACUGGUGAGGAGGACUGCGACGGCGGGCAAAAGUCUGUUUUCAAAAUGGCGGCAGAUGGAGGAGAGGAUCGGUGUUGCCAUGACAACGGGCCUUGAAGGCCAAGAUAAGGCUGCGCUCUUAGGAACUCUGAAACUUUGUUGUCGCCAGAAACGUGGCAACUCUUUGUGUACUGUCUCGGUGAUGUCUACUAUUACACUUCAUUUGUUGCACUUUGUGCUUAUCUAUGAUUAUGCUUGUCUGGAGUAUGAUUUAAUUAGAUUGUUUGCAAAAAAUAUAUAUAUAUUCACUGUGCUUGGGUACAGAGGUAAAUGCGAAAGUAAUGUAUCGUCAUCACUGUUAAUCAUCACCAGUGUAAAAACAUUAAAUACAAUCAUACAUUCAGCAGACCAGGUAGCAUCUGUGGAAAGUGAAUUUGUUCAUAUUUCAGUUUGAUAACCUUUUAUAAGAACUGGGAAGGUAUAAUUGAACAUUAAAAGCUGCUGAUAAUCUGUUCAAAUUAAGGGAAUAGGCCAACGCAUUAGGGCCAAAUGGCUUUUUCUUGCGCUGUAAUUAUGAGAAUACUUUAAGUAGUUUUUGGUCAUCAUAUUAGCUAAGAGCAAAGCAUUCAAAGGGAAUGGAGAUGCAAGAAUUUGCAAAUACUGGGAUCUUGAGCAAAAACCCAAGUGCUGGAAGAAAUUAGUGGGUCAGGCUGCAUCCUCGGUAUGAAGGGAAGGUCCCAACGCGAAACAUUGUCUGUCUAUUUCCUUGCACAAAUACUGCAGUUUAUUUUAUGCAAUUGAAAACAAACCCAGCUUACAUUGGGAUUUCUGAUCACAGUGCUAUCGAGCUCUGUUUCCACACUGCAUCUCUAAAGUCUUUAAAAAAAAAAAAAAAAAAAAACAUAUCUCCGGAGUCCAGUAUCAGGCUUGAUUUCAGAGACUUGGGGCUUGAAAGUGGUAAGAUUGCACCAGAACAUUGUAAUUCUUGCAUCGUUCAACCCUUAACUUGUAUAUGAUUGUAGUCAUGGUGUGAUUUGACGGGAUAGCACACCAAAAAAAGCUUUUCACUACUUUGGUACCUGUGCCAAUAAUAAAAUUAAUUGAUUUAAAAGUAAACUCUUCCAAGUUUGGUCUCGCCAAUGGCUUAUACAGCUGCAAACUAAGUUGCAAUGUUACAAAAUUUUGAGAUUUAAAAAAUCAAGUCUUUAAUUUAUCCCAUCAGAUAAAGCAUAAAACAAAGUUUAAUUUGACACCUAAUUCACUUUCAUAUCUUCAGUAUUAAAAACGUUAUGGCCAUUUUCAUACUCGGAAAUUGGCAUCUUGUUCCCUAUUGCUUUUUCAUUGACUUAACACAAAAGCUGUGAUCGAGAACAUUUAAAGGCCGAUAACUUUCUUAAUAUUUAAGAGAACUGAAAGAAAUUUUCAGUUAUUAUAGAUUAAAGCAUUCUGAAACAAAUAUGAAACAAUCUUACUUAGAUGACUUGAAAUUAAAGCAUAUAAUUAGUUAGUUACCUAAUUGUAGCUAAUUACAAAAUUCAAUUACUAGAUCUAAAAUCUAUCCAUUUCUUAAGAAUAGAUUAACAUUUUUAAAUAGCCUAAGUGUCCAAAUAACAUUCACACAAUCAUUCAGAAUAUAACACAAUUUUUAAAUCUCAUUGUCAUGGGUUUAUAGGCCAAAUGGAAGGAAUUUAAUGUUUAAUACCUGUAAAUUAAUGGCCAUUUAAAUCAGCUUGCGAAUGGGAUUUUCUGGAACUGGACCAUUUGGAAAGUUGCGGUUUGCGGUGAGUUUAGUCCCCCAUAUCGGCGGCAAGUACACUGCCAGGUCUUCAGGGAGAAAAAUCACCGUUUCGCAACUUAAAAUGUGAAUUAAAUACAUUUUAAGAAACACUUUUAUACAUAAAAAUAAACUACUUUCUUUUACCUGGUCCUCCAUAAAAUCCGUCCCCG